GCGGCGGCGGCGGCGGCCGCGGCGUCUUUAGUGGCUCCCAGUGCAGGAUGGUGCUGGAGGCGGCGGCGGCGGCCGUGGUGGCGGCGGUGUCGUUGGCGGCAGCGGGAGGGGGUGCUGUGGCGGCAGCGGCGGCGGCGCCCGCGGGUGGUAUAAAAUGGCGGAUUUCGAGGAGUUGAGGAAUAUGGUUUCUAGUUUUAGGGUUUCUGAACUACAAGUGUUACUAGGCUUUGCCGGAAGGAAUAAAAGUGGACGCAAGCAUGACCUCCUGAUGAGGGCGUUGCAUUUAUUGAAGAGCGGCUGCAGCCCUGCGGUUCAGAUUAAAAUCCGAGAAUUGUAUAGACGCCGAUACCCACGGACUCUUGAAGGCCUUUCUGAUUUAUCCACAAUCAAAUCAUCGGUUUUCAGUUUGGAUGGUAGCUCCUCACCUGUAGAACCUGACUUGGCUGUGGCUGGAAUCCACUCGUUGCCUUCCACUUCAGUUACACCUCACUCGCCGUCCUCUCCUGUUGGUUCUGUGCUGCUUCAAGAUACUAAACCCACGUUUGAGAUGCAGCAGCCAUCUCCCCCAAUCCCUCCUGUUCAUCCUGAUGUGCAGUUAAAAAACUUACCCUUUUAUGAUGUCCUUGAUGUUCUCAUCAAGCCCACGAGUUUAGUUCAAAGCAGUAUUCAACGGUUUCAAGAGAAGUUUUUUAUUUUUGCUCUGACACCUCAACAAGUUAGAGAGAUAUGCAUAUCCAGGGAUUUUUUGCCAGGUGGUAGGAGAGAUUAUACAGUCCAAGUUCAGUUGAGACUUUGCCUGGCAGAGACGAGUUGCCCUCAAGAAGAUAACUAUCCCAAUAGUCUCUGUAUAAAAGUAAAUGGGAAGCUGUUUCCUUUGCCUGGCUAUGCACCACCACCUAAAAAUGGGAUUGAGCAGAAGCGCCCUGGACGCCCUUUGAAUAUUACAUCUUUAGUUAGAUUAUCCUCAGCUGUGCCAAACCAGAUUUCCAUUUCUUGGGCGUCAGAAAUUGGAAAGAAUUACUCCAUGUCUGUAUAUCUUGUACGACAGCUCACAUCAGCCAUGUUAUUACAGAGAUUAAAAAUGAAAGGUAUUAGAAACCCUGAUCAUUCCAGAGCACUAAUUAAAGAAAAACUUACUGCGGAUCCUGAUAGUGAAAUUGCUACCACUAGCCUUCGGGUGUCCUUGAUGUGCCCUUUAGGAAAAAUGAGGCUGACAAUCCCAUGCCGUGCAGUGACUUGUACACAUCUACAGUGCUUUGAUGCUGCCCUUUAUCUGCAAAUGAAUGAGAAGAAGCCCACCUGGAUUUGUCCUGUGUGUGACAAAAAAGCUGCCUAUGAAAGUCUAAUUUUAGAUGGGCUUUUUAUGGAAAUUCUCAAUGACUGUUCUGAUGUGGAUGAGAUCAAAUUCCAAGAAGAUGGUUCUUGGUGCCCAAUGAGACCGAAGAAAGAAGCUAUGAAAGUAUCCAGCCAACCAUGUACAAAAAUAGAAACUGCAGGUGUCCUCAGUAAGCCUUGUUCAGUGACUGUAGCCAGUGAGGCAAGCAAGAAGAAAGUGGAUGUCAUUGACCUAACAAUAGAAAGCUCUUCUGAUGAAGAGGAAGACCCUCCUGCCAAAAGGAAAUGCAUCUUUAUGUCAGAAACACAAAGCAGCCCAACCAAAGGGGUUCUCAUGUAUCAGCCAUCUUCUGUAAGGGUGCCCAGUGUGACUUCGGUUGAUCCUGCUGCUAUUCCGCCUUCAUUAACAGACUACUCAGUACCAUUCCACCACACGCCAAUAUCAAGCAUGUCAUCAGAUUUGCCAGGUUUGGAUUUUCUUUCCCUUAUUCCAGUUGAUCCCCAGCAGUACUGUCCUCCUAUGUUUUUGGAUAGUCUCACCUCACCCUUAACAGCAAGCAGUACGUCUGUCACCACCACCAGCCCCCAUGAAAGCAGUACUCAUGUUAGUUCAUCCAGCAGCAGGAGUGAGACAGGGGUCAUAACCAGCAGUGGAAGUAACAUUCCUGACAUCAUCUCAUUGGACUAAAGGAGGACUCACUCGAUUCUAGGAAUCAUUCAUUAAAACUGCUGUUUCUUGGAUCUCUGGUCCGUGGAAGCUAUUUUUUUGGUAACGAUUACUUUGAUAUUUAUUGAAGUGUCAAAUGGAUUCUUUUGCCUUCUGAGAGAUGAACACAGAUGACUGCAGCAAGAACCACAUGACAUGCAAGGAUUUUUCUUAUUCAUGCUGUACUCUGAGCAUCAGAUACAUUCAGCUGUAACUGCAUCUUCUUGAGAGAUGGAUUUCAAUUUCAUAUGAUACUGGUUGGAUUCUACAAAUCAGUUAAAAAUUUUUUUGUUGUAAUAAACAGCAAUAAAGUUAUGUAAAUAUUCAAGUAAACUUUUUUCUAAUUAAAAAAAGAUGUAAUCAGUGAUUCUGAAAUGACAAGUUUUGUUUAAUCUGAUGUGAAGGAAAAAUAUAUGGAAAGAAGUUACGUUUGCUGAAUGAGCCCUUUCCAUGGAGAUUUGUUCUGUUUCGUUGAAGUAAUGAAGUCUUGAUAAGUGGCCAAAGCUUGGGUUCCACUUUUCUUCCUGCAGUUCCACUUUUCUCCCUGAUUCCAUCAAAGAAAAAUGGCCUUUGUGUUAAGCAUUUUCCCCUGGUUGUUGUUUACACUUUGGUGUUGUGUGCUGAUGAAUGCAGAGUGACGUUCUGGGAUUUGGCUUUUCUUUAUUAUUAGUGAUUAUGUUGAAGAAACCCUGUGCAGAGUCUUCCCUGAUAUAAUGUGUGUUAUUUUGGUAAUCGUACAUUCUUAUUCUAGAGGUUUCUAUAAAUUGGGGGCUUACCUUCUCAAAAAAAAAUUCUCUGCAGCCAUCAAAUGAAAUGUUUUUAGAUUAAGGUGUGGGCUGGAAUGUUUGUUAGAAUUUUGUUCACACUGUCUAGAAAUAUUGAGAGGUUGGAGGCAGUGGAAGAACAGAUUUAGGGGCGGUGGGAAUAGCAAAGUUUAAUUUCUUCCUAAGAACUUCUUUUGCUCGUUUAUUUUACAGGAUAAUGUACAGAUCUGUGUUGAAACUUUUCAGUUUAGUAACACAAAGAAAAUAUGUUUUAGAUCUCAUUUUUCUCAUAGCAGUGAUUUUCAAACUUAAAGAACAAACAGUAGCAAGGGGAUGGGGAUGGCAUCAGAUUUCCCUUUCCUUUUUUUAAAAGGAAGUCUUUCCUGAAGCCACAAAAGACAAAACAGAAUUAGAAAUGUUUGAAUAUAAGAAAGGUUUGAAGAGGAGAGGAUGGGCCUGAAACCCACUUUGAAAACCACUCUCUUACUGUGUGUUUGGUUUUAAAAUCUCUCAGAAAACUGUUUUGCCCUUAGAGAAACAUUUUUAUCCAGAUUUUAUACUUUCCUUUGCUUUCAUUUGGCUGCAGAAUUUUGAGUUCUGAAGGACUUAAUACUUCCCUAAUAUUUAGCUUUCUCUCCUUAAGUUGUAUCUACUUUAAAAAUAAACCUGUGUUAAAAAUGAUUAAUCCAACUGAUUUCUCAAGCUGAAGUGCCCAGAUGAAGAGUCCACCAAUUUCAGUUAGGAUAGGGAACAAUCUGGGUUGGUGUAACUCCAGGGAGCUGACUUGUCACUGCUUGGUUUUUCACACCUUCUCAAGUUCUCAUGCCGCACCCCCCCGCCCCUGUGCUCUUUUUGUACUCAUUUAAUUUCAUGUGAUUUUCUACAUCAUCCCUUCUUUGGCUGCAUUAUCCCCUAAUGUAUUAUCCCUUUUGGAGAGUUAUAAGCAUGGAAAACGAACCUGAAUCUUCUUGCAGUAGUUGCAUCAUAGUUGCCAGUUUUACCUUCUUCGUCCACGUUACAGUCCUUUGGUCCAGAUACAGAAUUUUUUCCUAGUAAAAUUUUAUGUUGCUGCUCUACAUAUGGAUGCAAGUUCUGUUAACUCUGUAAUCAGAUAGAAAAAAUAACCUGAUUUGUGUGGUAUAAUUUGUUAAUAAAGAAAUGCUGUAUAUUUGUUACCAUUUUGUUACCCUUUAGAUGCUCAGAGACCCUCCCCUCCCCAGUUUAACCAACAGUUUUAUCAGGUAAAUGAAAAAAAUUAAUAGAAAUUAGUUUAUUUACUUGGUUCUUGUAAAUGAUACCUCUGUGCUUUUAUAGUUGUGCUUUGUUUCCUUUUCACUGUUUUAUGUGAACAGUUUUAUUGUUCAUUUUUGGUGCUUUACACUGAAUUACAUAAAUUUUUAAUUUAUCUCAUACAGGCGACUAACAUUUUUUAAAAUAUACUUUUAAGUUUAUAAUCUUAAAAUUGAGACUUUUGUGUAUGUAUAUUUGAAGGUGAGUACUUUUCUUUAUUUGGCCCUGUGACAACAACAUGCUUAUUAAGCCACUGUCCUUUUUUUAGAAUGGUCACUAAAUAUUUUUUACUGAGGCUCUGAUUUUGUAGCAGUUUCUUUUACUAGUCCAGAUGUCUGCUCAACCAAGUAUAAUUCAGUCUCAGAGGAGGUCAUCUAUAGCUGUUACUUAGAUGUCAGCCAACCAGUGACUAUGUUUAAGGAAAGGAACUGCAGUUAUUAGUCUCUUACAAACACUUAGCCAACCUGUAUUUUUAUCGUUAUUCACAUAGAAAUGUUAAAGGAUUUCCUUGCUUUGGUAACUCGUGACAAUGUAAUGGGUGCUGAAUGUAGCUUCACACCUAAGGUCUGCUUACUUCACUGACUUUCUGACCCUUAGGUGAGCCGCUUUAGGAUUCUGUUUCCAUUUCUGCCCAGAAGGUAUAAAUUCUUUGCAUCUGUCAUGGAAUAAUUAUAAAGGCCAAACAAAACAGUAGAAUCAGGAAAGCUAGAAUGAAAAGGAUCAUGAUUUGGUGAAAGAGUGUGAGUAUAAAUAAGGAGAUCCAUAAUUCUUGGUAUAAAACAAGUUGCCCUAGGGUAGACACUUAAAGAAUUUGAAGAAAGGUAAGAUGUUGGAUUUUAGAUGAAUGAUAUUCAACAGAGACUAUUCUGACUUUGGAUUCUGACCUUUGAACCAUUCUGCCUUCAGACGAGUCUUGGACAUCCGUCAUUUAGUAACUGAGUUGUCUGCUUUUCUUCUGCCAAAAAAGUAUUUAUUGUUACAGUUUGUCUUUUUAAGUAAAGUUGAAUUUUAUAAAGCAUUAGUUCUCAGCUUUGUCUUUCAUUUCUCUCUAGCCCCCAAUGGGUGUAAAAAAAAAAAAAAGUCUCUCCCCCACCCCCAAGUAAAUGCUUUUAUUUUCCUAAUCUUUUUCAUCUUGGAAAAUGUAGAGCAGUAUGCCAUUUAAACUUGGGUCUGACAUUGUAUUUUGUGACCGUGGAUCUGUGUCUUGUGGGAGCAUGGAGUUGUCAUUUAGGUUGGUGAUUGAUGUCUGAACCUGAUUCACCAUCUUUUCUGCUGCAGUUCUACACGAAUAUGGUGAAACUUGUGGAAAGAAUUUAAUACUUCCUCUGCUUUUUUAAGAAUGACUGGUUUGUAAGCCCCCGCUUUUUUGUUGUUAAGAACCACGCUCCAAUUCCUAGGAGAAACAGAUUAGGCUAAAUAUAAAUGCCCAUUCUUUAAUGCUUGCCUGACUCAAUAAUGGUUUUUUCCUGUUUAUGUUUAGUAAUACAUGCUUAUUGCGGGAAAUCUAGACAAUACAGAAAAGGGGAAAAGGGCACUUUACUAUUUUUGCAUAUUUCUUGCCAGUCUUUUAGCUACUUGUCUGCGAUUUUACAUAGUUUCAUUCAUUCUCGGUAUAAUUUGUGCCUUGAUUUUUUUCUCAAUCUGCAGGCAUUAUUCCAUGUCAUUAAAAACUAUUCUGUGUGGAUGUGCCAUGCUUCCUGUUACCUUUCCCUGUUGGACAUUUUAGGUUGCAUCUCAUGAUGCAGUGUUACAGUUCAUGUCUUUGUGCAUAAAUGAUUUCCUUAGAAUAAAUUCCUAGAGGUGAAUUCCUGAGUCAAGGAUGUAAAUACUUUGUAGUUUUUGAUUCCUGUCAUUUUUCCAAGUGGUUUUACUAAGUUAUACUGUAACCAUUUGGUAUGAGAAGAACUGUCUAACCAUAGUUUCCAAGAAUAUGUGCUAUUUAGCUCUGUGCAGACAUCUGCAUUAAGACCCUCCACCUUCUGACCUUGGUGAGCUGGGGAAACUGAUUUGGAGAAAAUGGGCAGAGACUUUCCUGGGAUGUCUCAGUUUCAAAUAUAUGUAUCUGAUAUGUUCCAGAAACACCUACAUAAGGAUAUCCAAAUGAUUUUCUACAUAGUUUUACUUGCACUAUGAAGUAGCCCAUUGUUACACUACAUUUUCUGUUUUUAGUUAGAAAAUCUUGCCUUUUCUUAAAUCUUUUGUGCCUGGGGCCAGCCCUUGGUAGCCAGCUCUCUUUUUUUUCCUCUUCCUGUAGGCUCCAUUUUGGCCUUUCUGAGCUCCCCAAAGCCAGUAGGAUCUUCUGAGCCAGAGGCAGUCCAAACCAAACUGGAAGAGUGGUAAGGCUGAAACAACAACAAAAGCAGAGCUAAGCUUUGCUUUUUCACUUUGUCUUUUUGUGUUUUCAGUCCCAUAUUGGUGUUCUCAGGGCCGCUCUGGGGAAAGAAAAACAGAUUGCUAUCUUCGGAUGCUCAAGGUAUUAUUUUCUUGAUUGGCAUACCACAUUUCCCAGGCUGCUUUUUCUUUUUGAAUGGAUUUGAAGGCUGCUUUUGUGUUCUCAAAGCUCACCUCUUUUUAUGUGAAGAAGAGUGUUGUUGUGUUGUAAAAUAUCCCUCUUAUUUUGGCCUUCAUCAAACUAUUCAACAAAUAUUCAACGUGUUUUGUAAGUGUAUGUGGGGUAGAGUAGUAUAAAAGUUCUGGUCCCAUACUUCAAAAGGGUUAUAAUCAAGUUUUCAAAGCUCAGGAAUUCUUCCUACUAACAGACAUGCUAAGAACCUUACAAAAAUGUCACAUUCCUUACCAUGGUCCUUCAAAGGAAAGUAGUAUUGUCUCUGUUUUGCAAAGGAAGAAACAUAAAUUUCGCAGUGGACUUGGCAGCCUGAAACAGAUGUGCCUCCAAAGCCUUCUGACUAAACUGAAGUGACACUAAUUAGGUAGGCUAUUUGGGAGACUGAUAGGGUAAUUUAGACAUAAAAUUAUGAGAACUGAUUUCAGGUGAUGGCCACAGGAAUAAGGAAGGAGGGGAUGCUGGAGCCAUUUCAAAGGAAGACUCAAGAUUCAGUGUCUGAGUGGUUAUAGGAGUAAGGGCUGAGUCCAUUUCUCAAGCCUGGGUAACCAGGAUAAUGGUGAUAUUACGAGACAGGAGGCAGUUAGACUGGACGUUAGUCAUUUAGGGGAGACAGUGGUGAGUUUGAUGGGAAGGGUGAGAUUUCAGAAAGGGAAUGUCCAAGAAGCUUAUCUGUUCUGCAGUCUUAAGUGCAAACUUCCCUUGUCCUCCGUUUUCACCUUCACUUGUCUCCCUUCUAUAUGUAUUCUAGUCACUCCCAAUUGCUUACCCUCCCUCUCUCCUCCCUAAUCCAUGCUUGGCUGCAUGUCGUUCUUUUGAUUUUUCUCUUAACUGCCUUGCCAUAACCAAUUCGGCUGUCACCUGAAGGCCUGCCAUAGCCUGUAGCUCUCACCAGUGUGGGCUGUGUCCACAUUCCAUGUAUCUCGAGAUGGUGGUUGCUGCCCUUCCUCUCUCUUGUAAUUUCUAAAUAAUUUCUCCCAAAGCUUCUGACAAAAAUCUGCCCCUUUUGCAGCCUAUGCCAAGAAGUUAUACUAUCAGUUACCUCUACUCUUGCCACUGAUCACUCCUUUGAUUUCCUGAAGGCCUCACUUCCUAACUCACAGCACACUUUGCCAUCUCCGAUUCUUUCGUAUUCUCAGUAUCUUCAGUGUUCUGGUGGAUGAUCCAACGCCCUGGCCGGUGAGAUUUUUGGUUACCUCACCUUCAACAUUUUCUUCCAUUGAAACUCCCUACCACUGUUUAACCCUUUGUUUUCUUUGUACUUCUUGUCCAACUUAGACUCCUUCAUUAUCACAGCCUUCAGCAUGUCCUCAGACCCAGUAGAAUAUACAGAUAAGUGAAUAGGGAGAUUACAGUGCAGUGGUAAAAGGUACAGGGUGCUAUAGGAGCACACAGAUAAAGAGAGAACUAAGAAUGUUGAGGAUAGCUAGAAAUUUGCUAAGUAAUAUUAAGAGAAGUAUGUAAGAUAUGAAAAGCCUUGUAAAAUACCAAGAAGUCAUUGAAGAGUUUUCAUGAUCAUUCACAGUAAUGAGCAUUUCUUGAGUUUGAUAUGAUUAUCUCCAUUCUACAAAUGUGGAAACAGAUUCUGAGAGGGUAAGUGACUUGCCUAAGGUCGUGUAGAUCGUAAGUGGGGAGCCAGGCUUCAUACCCAGUUUUUAACUAUCUUCUCAGAGAGGCCUUCCUUGACCAUUCUAUCUAUAAAGGAGGUGUUUCCUAACUAUUCUAAUCUUACCACUGUUUAUAUCCUAUAUGGCAGAUAGCACAACCUGUGUUUAUUUUACGUAUUAGUUUACUGUGUAUUGUCUGUUUCCCCUGCUAGAUUGUAAGCUCCAUGAGGGCAGGGGUGAUAUCUUAUUUCACUUGCAUUCCAGAGCCUAACAUGGUGUGGCGUAUAGUAGGUGCUCAAUAAAUAUUUGUGAAUGAAGAAA